AUGUUCCUGCAGAUCGUUUUCAUUUUCUUACUUACUUUUAAUGACGUUUAUAUGUUGGCGAAACGUACCUACCUGCCUUUGCGUUGUGACGAAACCAACAUUUAUAUAUCCAGACCCUCGCUUAUGGCCUCGUGUCUAAACAAAGAGGAAUGCUAUAUUGUCAGACCAGUGGGUCAUUGUAAAAACAAAGACGAUGUCUGUUGUGUCAAGAAGCAAGGCUUUGAUAUCGAUAAGAAUGAGUUUCGUGACUGAGUAGGCGAUAAAUAAAUUCCUCUUUCAAAACUGUCCAUCAAUGAUGGAAAUGUAAGAGUACCAAAAUCGAAAA